GCCAAAGGAUUGAAGUUGAACUUAAAAGGCGCGGUUUCUGGCAACUUUCUGCCAGUGACUAGACUGCCACUUUCUGAACCUAUAUCAUAUCGUAGGGGAGAAAGGCUGCUGAUGUAAUGGCUUCUCCUCUUCUAGAUUUAAACGAAGGAGCGAAUAAGAGGCUUUCUGUUGAACGAAUUUAUCAAAAGAAAACACAACUAGAACAUAUACUUCUGAGGCCAGAUUCUUAUGUUGGUUCAGUGGAAGAGGCAUCAGACCUCUUGUGGGUCUAUGAUGAUGAAAGGAACGCAAUUGUGCAGCGUCAGAUUACAUAUGUUCCUGGCCUGUACAAGAUAUUUGAUGAAAUAUUAGUAAAUGCUGCUGACAACAAGCAAAGAGAUAGUAAAAUGAAUACAAUUAAGAUUGUAAUUGACCCGGAAAAUAAUGUUAUUAGUGUAUGGAAUAACGGAGCUGGUAUUCCUGUUGAAAUGCAUGCUGUAGAGAAGAAAUAUGUACCGGAAUUGAUAUUUGGUACACUGCUGACAUCGUCCAAUUUUAAUGACGAUCAAAAGAAAGUGACUGGUGGUCGAAAUGGAUAUGGAGCAAAGCUGUGUAAUAUAUUUAGCACAGAGUUUACUGUAGAGACAGCAUCAAGUGCUUCUGGCAAACAGUUUAAGCAGACUUGGCAGAAUAAUAUGGAUGUUGCUGGGAAAAACACAGUUACUGUGUCAAAGAAGGAUUUUACAAAAAUCACUUUUAAGCCUGACUUGGCCAAAUUUAAGAUGUCACAUUUGAAUAAAGACAUCGUGUCACUGAUGACAAGAAGAGCGUAUGAUAUAGCUGUAUUUGUUCCUGCAGGUUUAAAACCAGGACAACGUAAGGUUUUAUUUACUUGCUUUAAGAGGAAUGAUAAGCGUGAUAUUAAAGUGGCUCAGUUAGCUGGUUCUGUUGCUGAGCAUUCUGCUUAUCAUCACGGAGAGCAAAGUCUUAUGGCUACUAUUAUCAACUUGGCACAAGACUUUGUUGGGAGCAACAAUAUAAAUAUCCUUCAGCCCAUUGGACAGUUUGGUACUAGAUUACAUGGUGGCAAAGAUGCUGCUAGUCCAAGAUAUAUAUUUACUAUGUUAAGUCCAUUGGCAAGGCACCUGUUUCCUGCUUGUGAUGAUGUUUUAUUGGAUCAUUUGUACGAUGACAACCAGUGCAUUGAACCAGAGUGGUAUUGUCCUAUAAUUCCUAUGGUACUCGUGAAUGGAGCUGAAGGUAUUGGAACUGGAUACUCAACUAGUGUUCCAAAUUAUAAUCCACGAGAGAUAGUUGCUAAUAUAAAGAGAAUGCUCAAUGGAAUGGAGCCUGAAGGAAUGAAACCUUGGUAUAAGAAUUUUUGUGGUACUAUUGCUCCUGUUGAACCUCACAAAUACAUGGUGUUUGGUCAGGUUGGGUUGCUGGGCUCUAAUUCAUUUGAAAUAACUGAAUUACCAAUAAAGACCUGGACACAAACAUAUAAAGAGAAUGUCUUGGAAGGACUGCUGUAUGGCAAUGAUAAGACCUCACCCUUUAUUUCUGAUUACAAGGAGUAUCAUACUGAUGUCACUGUCAGAUUUGUUGUUACUCUUUCUCCUGAGAAAAUGGAAGAAGCUCAAUCUGCAGGCAUACACAAGAAGUUUAAACUAGUCAGCAACAUUAGUACUGGCAAUAUGAUCCUUUUUGAUUCCAAUGGCUGUUUGAAGAAGUACUAUGGGGAGAUUGAAAUUCUUAAAGAGUUUUAUGAUGUACGUCUGGCCUUAUAUCACAAAAGGAAGGAAUAUUUGGUUGGAAAGCUUACUGCUGAAUCUCUGCGUUUACAAAAUCAAGCGCGUUUCAUAACUGAAAUAAUUGAAAGGAAACUUAUAAUUGAAAGGAAAAGCAAGAACACUGUGAUAUCAGAGUUAGAGUCAAAGGGAUAUGAUAGUGAUCCUGUUAAAGCAUGGAAGAAGAGCGUAUCUGAUCAGCCAACAGUAGAAGAGGAAGAUAUUGAGAACACUGACAAUGGACUAGACUAUAACUACCUCCUGUCUAUGCAGUUUUGGAGUGUGACAAAAGAGAAAGCAGAAGAGUUAUUGCAAACAAGAGAUAAGAAGGUUGAAGAGCUAGAAGAGCUCAAAGGAAAAUCAGCAACAGAUUUAUGGAAAAUAGAUUUGGACAGCUUCCUUACAUGUUUAGAUGAAGUUGAGGAAAGAGAACGUCAGGAAGAGUCAGCAGGUGCAGCUAUUGUUGUUAAGAAGAAAGGUAAAGGAAGACAAACAAAAUUGGCAGGCUCAACUACAAAAGGUUCUGCUUCAGCUGCAGUAACUAAACCAUCAGCUUUUGCAGAGGUUGUGACGCCUGAAAUACCAGAGUUUUGCGCUGAAAAAGUAAAAAAGGAGAGAGCAACAAAGUCCCGAAAAGCUAAGGCUGAUGACCCUGGUCAGACAAAGUUGCCGUUUAAUUCCGUUGAAGAAAUGACUACAAAUGAAACUGGAACUGAAACUGUUAAAGAUGCAAAAGUCAAGGAUGAGAAAGAGAAAUCUGCAAAGGACUCUCACACUUCCAAGAAAGAACCAUCACCAACUGAUGCAUCACAAACAACUUUGAAGUUUCGUGCCGAGAGUAAGAAAAGAGUUUAUCACUUCAGCAGUGACAGCAGUGAAGAUGAUGCUGUGUCUGAUCACCACAGUGAUGAUAUUUUCAUUGUCAGUCCAACAAAGAAAACAACUAAAACAACAAAAACUAAAAAACAGGCUGUAGUUGAUGAAGUUCCUACUAAGAAACCUGCUGUCAGUAAAACGAAAAAACAGCUUUCAGUGAAAGUCACUUCAGUAAAAAAUGACACAAACAUUAAGAAACCAGUGACUAAAGGUGCAACUGGUAAAGUAAAAGCUAAGGAGACAGAGAUUGACGAUGAUAUUUGUAUCAUUGAUGAAGGGUCUCCUGUCAAGAAAAACACUAAGGCAAAGUCAACCAAGGCAAAGGCCCCAAAGAGGAAAGUAUCGGACUCUGAGAGCGAUACUGAAGUGAAUGUAGUUCCUGUAGUUGAAUCACCAGUGCGUUCCAAGCGUUCUGGUAAGAAAGUCAAGUACUACUUCAGCGAUGAUGAUGAUGAUGAUGACAAUGACAGUGAUUUUGAUCAGUAGACUCCAAUAAUAUCACAUUAUUGUAUGGGCACAUUAUAGAAAUACGUGAUACUUAUUAUAGUUUAUUUAAUAAUAAAACUCCUUAUUUUAGAAUAAUAACUAAAAAUAAUAAUGGUCCUACAACUCAUCAUGAUCAACAAAGGAGUAUCGUGAAUUUGCAGGUUUAAGUUUUUUAAA